CUCAAAACAAAUUUUGCUUGUUAUUUAAAGAGGAAAACUUAAGUCCUAGAGCAUAAUGGAGCAUGGAAGCCACUCCUUUGGCCAUGGUCGCUCGACACAAUCAAGCUCAGAUAAUGAAACCACAAACAUUGAAAACGCCAACAACAACAUCAACAACAACAUUGGUACUGGAAUAGAGAAUCAACAGUUACAAGGAACAAUUGACGAGGAAACACAUAUGCCCAUCAAGAAUGUGACAAGAAUCAUGCAGCGAGCUAUUCCCCCAAAUAGAAGAAUAUCUAAGGGUGCCAAGGAGUCAAUUCAAUUGUGUGUGACUGAAUUUAUGAACAUCGUUACGAGUGAGGCUAAUGAGAGAUGUAAGGCAGAGAGCCGACAAAUCAUUAGCGGUGAAGAUUUAAUAUGGGCCAUGGAUAGGUUGGGCUUUGAGGACUAUGUUGGCCCUCUUCUUUUAUACCAUCAAAAAUAUCUCAACCACGAGGCUCAACUUGAUAGCAUGAGGCUCUACAAGGAUAUGUCAGGUGCUAGUGGCUCAAACAUUGGUGGUGCUAAUGGCCAAAAUUGAUAUGCAAUGCAUUUAUGGGAAUAAGAAUAUUUUUGAAUGAUUCUGGUUGUGUCGUGGUUAAAAAAUUAGAACUUCCGAUUUAAUUAUUUUGUGGAAUUAAAAGUUUCUAGGUUCUUUUUCUUUAUGUUUCUUUUGU